CAUUCGACAAAUCCUCUUGCUUCUAUCAUUCCGUGGCAAAGUUAUCACAGCCUCACUGCGAACGCAGACGGACAAGCAGUCACUUUCCAAAUCUCUUCCUGAAUUGCAAAUUCAGUGCUAUCCGCAAGGUAACCAAAGAUCUACAGAUUUCCAGGAUGUCUAUCGACAAGCUCUUCAAGCCCAUCAAACUGGGUGGCCUCAAUCUCGACCAUCGAGUGAUCAUGGCGCCCCUCACACGAUUUCGUGCGGACGAAAGUCACACCCCAAGUCCCGACGCGAAAGAAUAUUACGCCCAGCGUGCCUCCUCACCCGGGACGUUGCUCAUCACCGAAGCAACAUUCAUUUCGCCACGAUGCGGGGGAUACGAUAGGAUCCCAGGUAUCUGGAACUAUGGCCAACGAGCGGCCUGGAAGGAGAUCACGGACGCCGUACAUGCCAAAGGCUGCUAUAUUUAUUGUCAAUUGUGGGCGUUGGGACGUGUGGCGAACGAGGAUGUCUUGGCAAGAGAUGGUUUCGAUGUACAGAGCGCAAGUGACGUGCCAGUUGACGAGACGAAGCCGACGCCGAAGCCGUUGACGGAGGAUGAUAUCAAGUUAGUGAUCCAGGACUAUGUGGAUGCAGCUGAAAAUGCCAUGAUUGCGGGCUUUGACGGUGUAGAACUCCAUGGUGCGAAUGGCUAUCUAAUCGACCAGUUUUGGCAAGAUGUGACGAAUAAGCGAACAGACACAUACGGCGGUAGUAUCGAGAACCGCGCACGAUUCGGCAUCGAGGUGACCAAGGCCGUGAUCGCAGCCGUAGGAGAUAGUAAAAAAGUUGCCAUGCGCCUUUCGCCUUGGGCCACGGGUCAGCGUAUGAAGAUGGAAGAUCCAGUCCCGCAGUUCUCGCAUAUCAUUCAGGAGCUGAAGAAGCUCAAUCUGUCGUACCUCCACCUCGUAGAAAGUAGAGUGGGAUACAACACGACUGCAGUCGACGGCGACUACCAUGUACUGACUAGGGAGAACGACAAAUUCGUCGAACUAUGGGGUACGGAGGCUCCAAUCAUGCUGGCUGGUGGAUUCACCGAAGAAAAGGCAGCGAAAGUUGUCAACGAGGUGUAUACGGCUGACAACGUCACCAUCGCUUUUGGUCGCUAUUAUAUCAGCACUCCAGACCUCCCGUACAGAAUUAAGCGAGGGAUUCCGUUGAAUAAGUACAACCGGGAAACCUUCUACUCCUCUGGUCCUGAAGGUUACAUCGAUUAUCCUUUCAGCAAGGAGUAUUUGGCGGAAUUGAAAGCAUAA